AUGCAGGCCCCCAGUCAGUGGUGUCGCUGGGCCAGCCUGCCCUGCCCCAGUGUGCGGGAGGCGGCCUUCAUGUACAGCACAGCAGUGGCCGUCUUCCUGGUCAUCCUGGUGGCUGCACUGCAGGGCUCGGCUCCCCCUGAGAGCCCCUUCCUCUACCGCAUCCCCCUGGACCCCGAGGGGUCCCUGGAGCUCUCAUGGAAUGUCAGCUACACCCAGGAGGCCAUCUUCUUCCAGCUCCUGGUGAAGCAGCUCAAGGCUGGGGUCCUGUUUGGGAUGUCUGACCGUGGCGAGCUUGAGAAUGCAGACCUCGUGGUGCUCUGGACCGAUGGGGACACUGCCUAUUUUGCGGACGCCUGGAGUGACCAGAAGGGGAAGAUCCACCUGGAUCCCCAGCAGGACUACCAGCUGCUGCAAGUGCAGAGGACCCCAGAAGGCCUGGUCCUGCUUUUCAAGAGGCCCUUUGGUACCUGCGACCCCAAGGAUUACCUCAUCGAGGAUGGCACAGUCCACUUGGUCUACGGGAUCCUGGAGGAGCCAUUCCGGUCACUGGAGGCCAUCAACAGCUCGGGCCUGCGGACGGGGCUACAGAGGGUGCAGCUCCUGAAGCCCAAUAUCACCUUCCCGGCCAUACCCUCAGACACGUGCACCAUGGAUAUCCACGCUCCCGAUAUCCAGAUCCCCAACCAGGUGACCACGUACUGGUGCUAUAUCCACGAGCUUCCCGAGGGCUUCCCUCGGCACCACAUUGUCAAGUACGAGCCCAUCAUCACCAAGGGCAACGAGGCCCUCGUGCACCACAUGGAAAUCUUCCAGUGCGCCCCCGAGAUGGACAACGUUCCCCACUUCAGCGGGCCCUGUGACUCCAAGAUGAAACCUGACCGCCUCAACUACUGCCGCCACGUGCUGGCCGCCUGGGCCCUGGGCGCCAAGGCAUUUUACUACCCAGAGGAAGCCGGCAUUGCCUUCGGGGGCCCCGGGUCCUCCAGAUAUGUCCGCCUGGAAGUUCACUACCACAACCCGCUGGUGAUAGAAGGACGGCGCGACUCCUCAGGCAUCCGCUUGUACUACACAGACAAGCUGCGGCGCUUCAAUGCAGGGAUCAUGGAGCUGGGACUGGUGUACACGCCAGUGAUGGCUAUUCCACCGCGGGAGACCGCCUUCGUCCUCACUGGCUACUGCACGGACAAGUGCACCCAGCUGGGUGAAUGGAACCUGCAGCCCCUGCCCAAGGUCAUCCCCACGCUGGAAGAACCCACCCCACAGUGCCCCACCAGCCAGGACCAAAGCCCUGCCGGCCCCACCAUUAUCAGCAUUGGUGGGGGCAAAGGCUGA